ACUUCACACGUAAACCAAUGCCAACAUACUAUGCAUGUAAAGAUAAAACUGUUUGUUUGGACUGGGAACUUACACCUCCCUCGGAAUAUAUUUCAAAAACCUUUCAAGUGUAUAUAGUUCAAUGGAUGUUUUUUGAUAACACAAACAGCGUGCCAACACGGAUGGGUACAUAUAUUAUGAAUAAAGGCGCUGAAAAACCAAUUAUCCACACUGAUGGCUACGCCUCGAAUAAAAUCAUAUACAACUCCAGCAGCCUACCGCAGCUACAGCUGGGAGAUUUGAGUGAAUUUAAAAGUUGCAUGUAUAUUCGGAUAACCGUCACGUUUAACAUCACUAC